UUUAAAGUCGAAGUUGAGAAGGAAAGGUUCGUGAUGCAUUUAAUGCGCAAAAUUCAAUUCCUCUAACAACUAUGCUUCUUAUUUCUUUAAUACACAUUAUAGACCUCACCUAUUGUAAUAAACCAAGUUAUAGCAAAUAUCUACCACCAUUAUAUUUCAUAACCCCAUUACACCAAACUUCAUAACUCAUAAGCCACAACCCAUCAACAUCAUCAUGAAAUGAACUUUCUUUAGAAGAAAACACAAAUUAAGAAGAAAAAUCAAUGGACUCUCCCAACUCAACUGAUUUUGCUUUCACAUCUUUUACCACAGUUCAUAACAACAAGAAAAGUAACAUCACAAGAAGUCAUUCUACAAAGGAAACACCUUUCUCAAAACUCUCAUGUCCUACUUUCUCUCGCAGCCUUCAAAACUCUCCCAUUUCGUCUCCUCAUCAUCACUAUUUUCCCACUAAGCUCUCCGAUUCCGACUCUCCACAAACAGCCUACCACUGCGCUUCUUCUGUCCUACGAAAUGAUGGACAAAUCACGUCCGUAGCAUUAUCAUCGAGUGGCUUACUCUACACAGGUUCCGAUUCCAAUGUUGUAAGGGUAUGGAAGCUGCCUGAGUUCACUGAAUGCGGACAGUUGAAGACUAAAGCUUCAAAGGUUGUCGCGGUCGAGGUUUCUAAUGAUACUGUUUAUGCAGCUUAUGGCGAUGGCAAGAUUCGAGUAUGGACAACAAUUUGGGAUGAUAGUACUAAGGUUUUGAAACAUGUUCGGUCUGCUACCAUUCCUAAGACACUCGGCUAUGUUCGUAGCUACAUUGCAGGGAAAGACAAGACACAGAUGAAGCAUAAGAGACUAAUAACAUCGAUGGCAGUAAACUCGGCCGAGGACAUUCUAUACACUGCAUCACUUGACAAAACAGUAAAAGUAUGGAGAAUCUCAGACCUGAAAUGCAUAGAGACAAUCAAAGCACACGCUGAACCAAUCAACGCGAUGAUUGUAUCCGACGAUGGAGUUCUCUACACUGCUUCAGACGACGCCACAGUUCGAGUCUGGCGUAGAAACUUUUGCAGCCAUGAUCAACCACAUUCUCUGACAGUAACACUUCAUGCAAAAUACUCACCUGUGAAAGCCUUAACACUAACCAACGACGGAGGAGUAUUAUACGGCGGAUGCACCGACGGUUACAUACAUUAUUGGCUAAAGGGUUGGUUUGCAGGACAAUUGCAAUAUAGCGGAUCGAUUCAAGGACACACACAUGCUGUUUUGUGUUUGGCUAGUGUUGGAAAGUAUGUAGUUAGUGGCUCGGCCGAUUCGACUAGCAGGGUUUGGAGUAGAGAAGAAGAUGGACAACAUGUUUGUUUGGCUGUUUUGGUUGGUCAUAGAGGACCUAUUAGGUGUGUGACAGCAUUUUUAGGAGGAUGUUUUGUUGAUGAUGAUGAUAAGGAAGAUUGUUGCAUUGUUUGUAGUGGAAGCCUUGAUGAUGGUGUCUUGAAGCUUUGGCGUGUUACUCAUACUAAGAAUUUCAAUUUGUUUGUCCCAACCUUGGAACAAGUUUUUUCAUAAUAAUAUUUUUGUAAUUUGUACCCUAGUAUCUAAAUAUAACUUAUGUGCUAGAAACCCUAAUAUUUUAUCGAUAAUACAUAGAAAUAACAAUUGUUCUAUACUAGUCGACGUUAAGGACAAUUUGUUGUAA